AUGUCUAACUUCCACUUGUUACUUCUCAUUCUUUCAGUAGCCGUAGGAAAUGCUAAUAUAUUUCGUCGUCGUCGAUAUGGAGAUCCAGUUCAAAAGGUGAUGAUUACAGAUAAUGAGUCAGAUGAAUUAGGACUAGAUGAAGCGCUGGUUACGUUCCGUAACUUUAACUAUACCUAUCCUGUAAUGUUUUAUGGUCAAACAACAGAGUGUGAAAAAUGUAAUCUACUAUUACUAUCCGAAGUGCCAGUGAAUAUGCAUAAUAAUGUAUCAGUUAAACUAGAUACAAAAUAUGGCUAUAAUAUUCAAAUUAACUUUACAAAUGGUACAGUGUCUUAUCCCGUUCGAUGUAACAUAACAAAAUAUGAAUUUUAUGAACAUGGUCAUUAUAUUUUCGACGUUUAUCAACGAACGGUACAAGGAUCUAAUGAAUGUUCAAUAAUAAAAAAAAAAAAUCCUGAUCACGUUUGGUUACCAUUUGUUGUUGGAAUUGUGUUCGUUAUAGUUUGUAUAUUUCUGACUCAACUUUUACAUCGUUUCUAUCAUAGCCGGUAUAUGGAUCGUUUAUUAUCAAACGUUGCUUAUCAGCGACUUAUUAAUAAUGACUUGGGUACACCGAAACAGCAACGAGUAUCAACGAGCAACUUAGAAAUAGUAAAUGGAUCUCCAACAAAUGAAGGAGCUACUAACACUCGGGAUAGUGACAUAUUUGAAAAUACAGGAACUGGACAAAAUCGUUUAUCGAAUAAUACGAUGCAAUUCAAAAAAGUUCUUCCAAAACGUUUAAGAGGAUUGGAUGUUUUCAGAGGAUUUUCAUUAAUGAUAAUGAUAUUUGUCAAUUAUGGGGGUGAGAAACAGCUAUGGAAUGGUCUGACCAUAGCCGAUUUGGUCUUUCCUUGGUUUACUUGGGUAAUGGGUGUUUCGAUUGUACUUUCACAACGGUCAAUGCGUUCAAAAAAUGUGAGAAAAACUCGUAUAUUUACGAAAAUUGUGCGUCGUACCAUUAUUCUAUUUCUCCUCGGACUGGCGCUACAAGGUCGCCAAGGCAACGGAACAUUGAAAGAACUACGAAUAUUUGGUGUUCUUCAACGUCUAGCUCUAUGUUAUUUUUUUACAGCUGUGUUAGAACUAUUAUUCGAUACGUAUGAUAUUGACGCACGUUCGCCGCUAAGCAACAGCGUUGACCAACCAUUGUCGACGGAACUUCGUGCAAUGUUGAUGUAUUGGCCUCAAUGGUUAUUUGUAUUAUUGAUUACAAUCGCAUGGUUAUUAAUUACAUUUUUAGUUGAUGUACCUGGCUGUGGAAGAGGUUAUCUUGGACCAGGAGGUCGACAUCGACAUGGCAAAUUUGAAAAUUGUACAGGGGGAGCGUCGGGAUAUAUCGAUCGCUAUUUGUUGCACCCAUCUCAUAUGUAUAAUGAUCCAACGUGUAAAGGAGUCUACGAUACAAAACUAGCCUACGAUCCCGAAGGUAUUCUUGGCACAUUAACAGGAAUAUUAUUAUGCUAUCUUGGUGUUCAAGCAGGUCAUAGUUUUCUUCAUUCAACUCGUGUGAUACGUGUUUGUUGUCAUUGGAUAGUUUCAGGCAUAAUCUGUGGAACAAUUGGUCUAAUAUUAUCACUGGGCGGCCAAAGCGACAGUUGGAUUCCGAUUAAUAAAAAUUUAUGGUCAUUAUCGUUUGUCCUUGUAUUGGCUUCUCUAGCUUUUGUCAUCUUAACUAUAUUUUAUUUGAUUGUUGAUGUCAAAACAUGGUUUACUGGAAGUCCAUUUUUGUGGUUGGGAAUGAAUUCUAUUGUACUUUAUGUUGGACAUGACAUGUUUGGUCGAUCUUUUCCAGUUCAAUUUGAAGUGGGUGAAUCACAUGCAAAAAAAUUAGCUAUACAUUUAUGGGGAGUAUUCUUUUGGACAAUAGCAGCUGGUGUUUUAUAUUAUAAAAAAAUCUUCAUUGCAAUUUAA